UCUUGACUCCGCUCAGUGUGUGCGCGCUCAGUCAACUGGGGGGAAAAACGACACAAACUGAUCUGAAAUCAGCCUGAAUGAGGUCCGGUGAUUAAGCGCGGGAUCAGAGGAGCCAUGGUGACCAAGAAAGUUCGCACAGAGUACAUGAAGAAGUUCCGGGAUCCCAAAUGGGAGACGUUUUCUAAAUGCUACGAGGACUCGCUGAAGUACCGUCUGACCCGGCGGUUGAUGGAACAUUCCCACAAUCCCUGGUUCUGGGAGGGCUGGGACAGCGACUCUGACUCCAGCGGCUGGUCCAUGCCCCACCCAAGCAGGAACAAAGUCGCCCCUCUGUCUGUGGCCCCGCCCACAGCCUUGGUGGUCAGACAGAGCCUGGCAGAGGUCAAGUCCAAACCGGGGCCGGAGGUCCCAACUGAGAACGAGACAUCAGAUGAAGAUAUAGCGCCAUCUACAGAAAACGCCGUGAGUGAAGCUAAAGGCGCUCGGCCACCCGAGGUUCCAAACGCUGGCCGACCCGCUGAUGACACAGCAACAGACAAUGGCCCGGCUGACUCUAGAUCUUCUGACGCGGCACCAGUAAACCAGAGACCUAAACGGCGUCAUCGACGCCGCACCCCUCGCUCUGAACCGGUAUGCCAGCACAGUUCCUAUGACAACAGUGCGCCUGCAUCCCAGAAACCAGUGAGGGCGAAGAGCCAGCAGCCAACCGGCAGCAAAGAGGAGAACCGGCAGACGGCCAGCGUGAAGCCGGCAGAGGUCAGAAGGUCAAUAAAUGCGAACCACACCACCAGCACGCCGCCAGGGCGGCAGGCGGCCAAGCGCAGCUCAAACUUGGACCGCUGGCGGGCACGCUCGGCUGAUCUGGACGCACUCAGGCGCUCGCUGCUGAAGCCGGCGGAGGAUCACUGGAUGACGGAGUACAUGCGCUGCUUCUCAGCACGGCUGAGGUAGAGACGGCGCCGGCGGCAAGGUGAUCCCUGCCCCCCUGAGAACACAGGACAGGACACGGAGAACCGCUGGGUGUUUGAGUUUGAUUAAAAUGAACUUUUUACAGUUAUU